AAACACUCUUAGCUUCACAUGUUUUAUCACCUCAAGUCUGUUUCCUUGGUAAUUAUUUUACAAGAUUAUCAACACUUCAGUCUCUCUUUCCUCCGUUGAUGAAUCAUGAGUGUGAGAAUGUGUAAAGCUGAGCCUGCAAACUGGCAAGCAUCACUUAGGAGUAAUAUGACCAAACAAGAUGUAAAACGUUCUCCGGUUUCUCCAUCAUCCUCGAACAAGGCGUCUAAAUCUUCCUUAGUGAACCAAAAAACAUUGCUACAGCCUGUAAAAGGGCAAGCAUCACUUACAAGUAGUAAGACCAAAGAAGAUGUUAAACCCUCUUUGGUUUCUCCAUCAUCAUCGUUCAACGCGUCUAGAUCUCCAUUAAUGAGCCAAAAGACUUCGUUACAGCCUGUCAAAGGGAAGACAUCACUUACAAGUAAUAAGGCCAAACAAGAUGUUAAACCUUCUUUGCUUUCUCCAUCAUCAUCCAUCAAGGCCUCUAGAUCUCCACUCGUUAGCCAAGAAACUUCAAGACGUGUUGCUUCGUCGGCUAAAGAGAUAAAAGAUGCUCACAAAGAAAUAACCAAGAACUCAAGUUCGAGCAAAGGGAAAAGAAAUUUCAUUCUUACGGUCGAACUUCGAAAGAAGAUUAUCACAUUUAGGGGCAUCAUUGACCUUCCUCUUCUCACCGGUCAUCUUUCCAUAACCACUCUGGUGACGCGUACGAUGGAAGAUCUCCAUGAGCUAUGUCCUGAUAUCGUCGACAGCUCGCGUCUGUUGGAUAUAAAACAUGCUGCAGAUACAGAUGAGUUGCUUGACCAAUUUUACAACGCUUUGAAAUCAAUUGGAGAUUCAUGGAUAGAUGACCAUGAAUGGAUCAUCAAAUCCAAGUAUAGGAAAAGUAAUAGCCUUAAGAAGAAUCUAUCUGAUCGACUUGCUGAAAAGGUGAUAGCUGCAUUAGAUGGACUGAUAAAGGACAUGAAUGAGAGGCUCAAUAUGACAGAGAUCAAUGAAGAGAGUAAAAAGGUUACUACUCCAGAGAGUAUAACACCAUCAAAAUCAGCCAGGAAGCAACCGAUCAGGCCGAGUAAUGUUGGAGACGUUGCAAUUUCUGUUUCAAACUUCCCAAGAAACUUGAGAAUGCAAGCGCUUGUAAAACUGAGUCCUAUCGAUGUGAAGCGACUCAGUAUCCAAAAGAGUAUGUGCCAGGAUGAAGCUCAGAGCAAUAAUGGUGCUAAUGAUAAUGAUAAAGAGAGUGUAAAGGAGAAGCAGAAGAGUGUAACAGAGAGGAUGGAGAAGACGGAAAAAGCAAAAGAAGCAAUCCUUGAGAAACAAGAUAGUGUUAAAAGCUGCUCAAAGGGCUCAGAGAAGUCUGAAUCUGUCCCUGAAUCUUUGGCUCUGACUACUCAUUCAGUGAAUGCUACACUACCGCCCCCACAGAAACUUCCAAUAGCUGCUGCAAAAGGACCAGCUGCGCCACCUCCUCCACCUCUAGUGGCGGCAGCACCCCUGCCUCCACCACCAGGGGCUGCAUCACUAUUGCCUCCACCUCCACCUCUAGUGGCCGCAGCACCCUUGCCUCCACCACCAGGGGCUGCAUCACUAUUGCCUCCACCUCCACUUCCAAUGGCUCCAGGAAAAGGACCAGGCGCACCAGCACCACCACCACUUCAAAUGGCUCCAGGAAAAGGACCAGGUGCACCACAACCACCACCACUUCCAAUGGCUCCAGGUGCACCAGCACCACCAUUUCAAAUGGCUCCAGGAAAAGGACCAGGGGCUCCCCCACCACCACCGCCACUUCGCUUGGGAGCCAAGAAAGCAACUAGCAAACUGAAGAGAUCAAAACAACUAGGGGAACUCUUCAGAUUCCUGAGGGGGAAAAUCGAAGGUAAGGAUACAAAAACAAGAUCCGGUGGCGCUGGAGGAAGCAAAGUCGGGACUCCAACCGGGGGAAAGCAAGGAAUGGCUGAAGCUCUUGCUGAGAUAACAAAGAAGUCAGCUUAUUUUCAGCAAAUAGAAGCGGAUGUGGAGAUGUAUAUGAAAGCUAUCAAUGAGCUGAAAACAGAGAUCUCCAGCUUCAAGAGCAAGGACAUGGCAGAGCUUCAGAAGUUCCACCUGUAUAUAGAAUCAGUUCUUGAGAAACUAACAGAUGAAACAAAGGUUCUAGCGAGAUGUGAAGAUUUCCCGGAGACUAAACUUGAAGCGAUAAGAAUGGCUGCUGCCUUGUACUCCAAGCUUCAGGGUAUGAUCAAAGUGCUCAAGAACUGGGAGAUUGAGUCUCCUGCUGAAAAACUUUUCGAUAGGACUGAACGUUACUUUGCAAAGAUCAGAAAAGAGAUUGACAGUCUAGAGCAGACCAAAGUAGAAGAAGAAAAGAAGUUCAAGAAACAUAACAUCCAUUUCGACUUCGGUUUACUUAUUCAGAUCAAGGAAUUAAUGGUUGACAUCUCAUCAGGCUGCAUGGAACUGGCACUAAAGGAGAAGAGAGAAGCAAAGAUUGCAUCAGAAUCACGCCAAGGAAAGCAGUGCAGAAUCAAGAACAAGACUAUAGGAUGCGCAAAAAAGCUGUGGAGGGCAUUUCAGUUUGCGUUCGGAGUUUACACAUUUGCUGGUGGACAAGACGAGCGAGCUGAUAAGAUUACCAGAGAGUUGGGUAAUGAGAUCGAACUCAUCCUCGACAACCAAUGAUUCAUCAUGACCUCACCCCUGCCUUUUAGUAUUAUAUGUUUCAUCUGAAAAUGUCAGACAAAUAUUUCAGUCUCUUUAGAAGAAACUUAAAAGUGAACAAGUGAUUUGGAUCUCUAAUAUCUAACAAAAAUGUUGUAAUCUUAUCUAAUCAACAAGAAGCUGUUGUAAUAUCAAGCUAAGGCCAUUACAA